AUGGAUAUAUUUACAAUAAUUUAUUUAGUUAACGGAAUAUAUGGUUACGAGAUACCACAGUACCACACAGUCGAACAACUAGAACACCAAAAAAAACCUGUAAUACCCAUUCUAAAAUAUACUUCCGAACGAGACGAACAUGGAUGGAAAUACAGUUAUGAAACUGGCAACGGUAUCCAGGCAGAGGAAGCUGGUUAUAUUAAAAAUUUAGGAGAUGAAAAACAUGAAUCUGUAGUCCAACAAGGUUCAGUGACAUAUCACGAUGAGCACGGCCAUCCAGUAAUUUUAACAUACAUAGCUGAUGAACAUGGUUUUAGAGCACAGGGCGAUCAUCUACCUACACCGCCGCCUAUUCCAGAAGCCAUUCAGAAAUCUUUAGAGGAAGAAAAUCAUGGAGAGGAAGGGGCACAAAUUCAGGAACAUGUCGAAGACUACGAAGAAAAAGCUGAUUACGGACAAGAAUCCAGGAAUUACGGCCAAGCGCAGUCUUAUGUUGAGUCCCAGUCGCACGGUUUGAAACAGUCCUACUAUCCCACACAACCUAAAGCUGAAACGCCCUUUCAGAACAAAGGAUACGGACAAGCGACAACUCAGCAGAAAUCCAACUACAAGUAUCCACACUCUCAGGGUCUCAAUAAACGGCAACGAUAUUCAUCAUAA